CGCAGGGAGACUCUCAGACAGUACGAGGGAACACAUCUACAAGCCUCAAUCACUGAAAGAGCAAUCAGUGCAGAAUGCAGAGCCUAUGCGUAUUGCUGAUUCUCACCUUUUACGGGUCAGCUCUGGGUCACUCCCUGCAAGAACAUCAGACAGAUUUUGGACUACAAGUGUUCUUGGAAGCUGCCCACUCCCAUCCAGACCAGAACCUGGCCUUGUCUCCCUAUGGCAUCUCCUCCGUGCUGGGGAUGGCUCAGCUGGGGGCCUAUGGUAGCACACUGCAGACCCUGAAAGACCAUAUGGGCUACUCUCUGCAAGAUCGUGGAAUGCCACGAAAACAGAGGCUUCUCCAGAGAGAACUGCACAGUGAAAGGGGUGUAGAGGUCGCCAGUGGCGUGAUGGUGGACAGAAAGGUGAUCCUGGAGAAGCCCUUCCGGCGCAGCCUCACAAAAGCAUUUCAGAGCAUGCCUCACCAGGUAGACUUUGGCCAGCCAGAGACUGCCACACAGGUCAUCAACUCCUGGAUGUCUGACAGAACUGGAGGCAUGAUCCCAAACUUUCUGCCAUCUGGAGUGCUGAGUGAGCAAACACGUUUGGUGUUACUGAAUGGCCUCCACUUCCACGGGCUCUGGAAAAUGCCCUUUGACCCCAAGCUAACAGAAGAGAUGCUUUUCUACCAAGCUAAUGGUAGUGCUAUAUCAGUGCCAAUGAUGAGAACAACACAGAAAUUCAACUAUGGCGAGUUUAUUACAGAAGACGGUGUUGAUUAUGAUGUCAUUGAGGUACCCUAUGAGGGGGACUCGCUGAGCAUGCUCCUGGUGUCAUCAUUUGAGAGGGACAUGCCACUGUCUGCCCUGACCAAAGAGUUGAGUAGCAGCAAACUUCAAGAAUGGAGAGAGCAGCUUAGGAACGUUAACCGACAACUGGUGCUACCCAGGUUUUCCAUUGACACAGAUAUUGAUCUUAAGUCCACGCUGAACAAAGUGGGUCUCGGCAACAUAUUCAACCCCACCAAGGCCGAUUUCUCCCGCAUUACUACUGAAGAACCAUUGUGCAUAUCUAACGUCCUUCAGAGAGUAAAGAUCAAGGUAAAUGAAGAGGGAACCGAAGGCUCCUCAGCUACAGCUGCCAUCAUCUACUCUCGCAUGGCUGUAGAGGACCACACUCUGGACCGUCCAUUCCUCUUCCUUAUCCAGCAUAAGCCAACAGGCACUGUGCUUUUCAUGGGUCAAGUCAACCAACCUCAGAGUCACUAGCAUUCCACUGCCAUAUCUGAAUUUAGAUAAGAAGCUCAAAGAACAAGAACAUUGGCAGUGUCUACUGUCAAACAGCAUACUACUGAAUCCAUGCAGGUGUUGGCAAAAGAAUUAGGCAACAACAGCCUGGAAUGCAACCUAAGACCCUGCUAGAAAGUAUAAUUUGGAUCUUAACAUCAAAGCAAACAAGUCAGUAUGUUUGCAGAAGCUGGCCUUCUCAAUUAGGAAUGUUCAAGCAAUGUUGUGCUAGAGCUUAUCUAAUUUUCUAAAGAGUUAAGGCAAAUGAAGGAAAACGCCACUAUAGAUUAAAAAGCAACAAAUGUCUUGAAAAUGUGGGAUUAGAGAUCACCUUUUAUUACAAGCAGAUUUGGAAUGGUUUUAAAACGGAGUAAUACCUGAAAUUCACAAAGCAUGGAUGAGUAAUUUUUGCCUUUUGAAAUGAUCUAUAGUAAUCAUUUUGCCUAUGUAAUGACAAGGUGUAUUAAUUUUCAUAGAGAAUAUUUUUGAUAUUUUUUUAUUUUGCUGUUUAUGCAUAGGCUGAUAUUCAUAUUGUGUUAAAGAUGUUUUAAUAUGUAUAUUUAUUUCUUUCUGAAUGCUUUCUUUACAUGAUGACGUAUAUGAUGAAGAUGACGUGUUUACACAUGAUAUGUACAUGUAAAACUUUCAUGACCAAGAAACCUCAUGUGCUGUAGUUGGAGGUUCAUUUGCAACUAGCGACACCUGGUGUCCACAGAUCCAGAGAUUCAUAUCAAUGUAGAACGGAGAAUGAGGUCUAUUGCUUUUUCCUCCCCCCCCCCCCAUCGCAUACAGCACAACCUCGCUCCAUUAGCAUAAGUAAUGAAAACGCUUCUCUGCAUCGUAAACCAAGAUAAGAUAAAAUAAGAAAAACUAUAAAAAGUCUCCUAUUUGAAAACGAAAA